AGCGAAGUUAUUGAGCAUUGCAGUGCCAGCGAUGCUUGAGAUCCGCGAGAUCCGCGCCGCACUGGCAUGUGCGAGCACCUCUCCUAGCGCGCCAACCUCGCGCACGCGCAGUCCAUGGCCAUUGUCCGGUGCCAGGUCACGCUUGCCGGGAACGCUGCAGCUAGGAAAAUGUGUACCUUGGUCACUCGCAGCUGGUCUGGCAGUAAGACAGCGGCUGCGGUGCUUUGCGCGUAGCUUGGAGUCGGAGAAGGACUUGGACCAAGCGAUCGCAAGUCUACUUGCCCAGAGAGUCAGGAAUGUGAGGGAGAGCCGACGCGUCCCGGUGUCGUCACUGAAGGUCGGACGCAGACUCACUGGCAUUGUGCGAGACAUCGUCUCCUUUGGCGUUUUCGUUGACGUCGGAGCGCAGCGCGAUGGCCUUGUGCCAACCAGCCUUCUCUCAGAAAAGUACGUUACAGACGUGUAUGAGGAGGUCAUGCCGGGCCAGAAGGUGACGGUUUGGGUGGCGGAAGUGAAGGAGAAUGGACAACUGUCCUUGGCAAUGUUUCCUUGGCAUCGAUUCAGAGGCUGCUGGACGAGGACCUGAGCGCCCGUUAGGAUCACCCCCAGCGCGAAAUGAGAG